AUGCAAGAGCUGCAACGUUCCAAAGAGGAAGAGCAAAGAACAGCAGCUCAUAAUAUUGAAUUAAUUCAGACGAUUCUAGAAACAAAACUUAAAGAACAUGAAGAUGAAAUCAAGGGUAAAAACGAAGAAAUAAAAGUAGCUCUCAAAAAGCAGUCUUCAAUGGUCAAAGAAUUAAGGCGUCAAGUUUUGUCUGAAAAAAAACGUGCUGAACAGGCGGAAAAACAUUUAGAUGAUGUUCUUGGUAUGACUGAUUCUGUUUAUACACACGGUAGUACUCGAAUGCGACUCGGCGGUGGUUCAUCACUCUCUCUUUCUGAUCGGUUUAAGGUUAAAAAUGAUGUAGAAGCUACGUCUAGCGUCUGUUCAUGGGCAUUUGUGGCUGAAACGGAUAAAAAUUCUCUGCAUAAUUUUGAUGGUGAAGAAAGUUCUUGUUCAGCAUCUAUUUUAGAAGCAGAUAAUGCAGAACUGAUUAGUCGCCUAGCUGUCUUGCAAAAGAAGCAUGCUGAAACGCUAGACCGUCUAAAUAUGGUCGAGGAAGAAAAUUCUCUUUUACGAAAAGAAAUUGUAGAAAAAAGUGAAGUAAUUGCAGAAUGGAUUCGUUCUAUACCAGGUGUCAGUCAUAGUUCCGUAGUUGGAGCUUCAUCCCCUGGCUUACGUUUUCGUCGUAUGCUUGAAAUGGUGCGCAUGGAUGAAUCGGCUGCUGAUAUACGCGAUAUGAAUCGAAGAUUGCAACGCAUGCUAGAGGAAACGCUCUCAAGAAAUCUUGUUUUGCAAAAGAACAUCCAGACAUUACUUGAAAAAGAUAAGUGA